AUGAAAAUCGAGUAUGGGGAUGAGUACUUCGCUACCCGACGGGCUUUUGUGAAAGCAUGGGAUGGAGCAUGUAGAAGUAGUUUGAAUGCUACCGUGGUGGUGCCCGGCGGGAAGACUUACUUUCUUUCUCCUCUUAUCUUCAAAGGUCCUUGUGAGGCCCCAUCUAUUCAUGUUCAGGUUUAUGGGAAGGGAAAACUUAAUGGAAAAGGUUUGCCGUGGUGGAAAUAUGUCAAACAAGCCUACAAAGCCGAGUAUAUUAACGAUGUCAGGAAUUUGAACCAAAGAAAAGACAUAGAUAUUUGCUCAAGACGACCCGCAGUACUAUCGUUCACAAAUUGCAAUAAACUUGAACUAAAAGGAUUAACCUUUGUGAACCCUCCAAAUAACCAUAUAAGCAUUCGAUCAUGUAACAACUUUAGAGUUUCUCGCCUUACAAUCUCGGCGCCCAAGGACAGCCCUAAUACAGAUGGAAUCGACAUCACUAAUUCAACUAAUAUUAACAUCACUAGUUCUAAAAUAUCCACAGGCUUAGGGUUUAUCUGUUUUGUUGCUUUACUGCUUCAUUUUCGUCUGUUCUUAUUCUGCUUUACUGCUUUACGUUUAAUAGAAUGCCAAUGA